AUGUCAGACUCCAUGCUUUACCAUGCCGGCUUCAAGUUUACUCCUACGACUCACAAUGAUACUUACGACUUCAUCUCGACAAAAUCUCAAAACCUAAAAGGCAAGCGUGUCUUUCUGACUGGUGCUUCCAAGGGCAUCGGCAGGGAGACAGCUCUCUCCAUGGCUCGUGCCGGCGCUUCCAGUAUCGCUCUUGGUGCUCGCAGCUCGUUGUCAGAGCUUGCAACUGAGGUUGAGAAAGCGGCCAAGGAAGCUGGUCAUCCUUCUCCCCAGGUUAUCAGCAUCAAACUAGACGUAACAGACGUAUCGAGCACCGAGCAAGCAGCCAAGACCGUCAAGGACGAAUUCGGAGGACUGGACUUUCUAUUCAACAACGCCGGAUACCUCGAAGACUUCAAGAAAAUAGGAGAAAGCGAUCCUGAUGAGUGGUGGAAAACACAAGAAGUCAACAUCAAGGGUCCUUACCUGGUUGCUCGCGCUUUUAUCCCUCUUCUCCUCGACACCAAGGAUGGCGACAAGACUAUCAUCAACACCAGUUCUAUUGGUGCACACGUCAUCAUGCCUGGAGCAAGCUCAUACCAAUCUUCCAAACUCGCGCUCCUCAGACUCGGCGAGUUCAUACAGUCUGAGUAUUCUGAUAAAGGCAUACUUUGUUUUGGCAUCCAUCCGGGCGGUGUCAUGACCGAGCUUGCGUCAAAAAUGCCCCAAACUUCGCACCAUCUCCUUCAGGACACACCUGCGCUGGCUGGCGACACUGUUGCUUGGCUUAUCAACGAGAAGAGGGAGUGGUUGGCUGGCAGAUAUGUGAGCGUCACUUGGGAUAUGAAGGAGUUCUUGGACAAGAAGGAUGAAAUCGUCAAGAAGGACUUGCUGAAGGUCCGCAUGGUUGUCGACUAA